AUUAUUGCUGAAUAAGAAAAUUGUUAUAAAUAGAGACAAUGAAUGGCCUUAAUAUAUAAAUGAUUAAUCAAUAGCCAUAUGUACUGUUGAUAAGAGUGCUAAAAGAAUCGUUGACUUCGUAACCAAGUCUUCCAUAUAAUAUAGAAAAUGUGAUAUUUGAGUCGAUAUUAUCUCAAAAGUUAUCAAGUCUUCCAAGUCUUUAACGUCUUCCAUGAGAUUCUUCGGCUAAAUAUUAUUAUUCUUACAAAUAUUUGUCUUCCAAUUCGGCUAAAUAUUAAUGAAGUUGUGAUAAUCUGAACCCUAAACCAAACAGCAAUAAAACAGUUGAAGAGAACCGGAAUAUUCUUGUAAAAUAAUUGGCUUAAAAUUUGUUUUACUUUUAUAUUGCAUUAAAUAACGAACAAAAAAAUGGAGCAAAAGUUGGGACAACUGAUGGAUGUGUGGCACACCAUCCACGACAAAGUGCAGAGCCAUUUGCCCGCCUCUUGCACAGAGGGUGGAGAACAAGUGCACUUCAAUAGACACGGACACUCUCGAGGAGAUCAUGAAAUGGCGUCCUUCAGGAGCUUCGAAAGACCCGAUGGUCAGACGGCACCCCCAGAGGGUUACGGCGAAUACAGCGAAAUGGAUGAAUACGAGGGGAAAAUGAAUGGAAUGGUUAAUAACGAAGGGAUGGGUGAAUUUGGCGGCGAAAUGGGUAAACCGGGGGCUAAGUUAUCUGAAUGGCAGGCCGGUUGGAACGUAACCAAUGCUAUACAAGGAAUGUUCAUUGUGUCGCUUCCAUAUGCAGUUUUACACGGAGGUUAUUGGGGCGUGGGUGCCCUGGUAUUUGUGGCAUACAUAUGCUGUUAUACCGGCAAAAUAUUGGUCGACUGUCUAUACGAACAAAACGAGAGAGGUGAAAUAAGGAGAGUGAGAGAUAGUUACGUAGGUAUAGCUCAGGAGUGUUUGGGCGAGAAAUACGGCGGAAAGUUAGUAAACACGGCACAGAUCAUCGAACUUCUCAUGACUUGCAUCCUAUAUGUGGUUCUUUGCGGAGAUCUACUGAUCGGCUCCUUUCCAGACGGGAUUAUAGACCAGCGCUCAUGGAUGAUGGUCUGCACUAUGCUUCUGCUUCCCUGCGCUUUCAUUACUGACCUCAGGAUUGUCUCCACUCUCAGCUUUUGGUGUACAGUCACUCAUAUUAUAAUCAAUAUCAUUAUAUUCGGCUAUUGUUUUAUUCAAAUCGGUGACUGGCAGUGGUCUAAGGUCACCUUUCGUCUGGAUGUACAGACAUUCCCAAUAAUGUUGGGAAUUGUUGUGUUUAGCUAUACAUCACAAAUAUUUCUGCCGGGAUUGGAGGGUAAUAUGAGAGAUCCCUCCAGAUUUGACUGUAUGCUCGACUGGAGUCAUAUCGCCGCCGCAGCUUUUAAAGUAUAUUCCGGGGGGCUGUUCGCGUACAUAGGAUUUAUGACAUUUGGAGACGAGACCCAAGAAGUGAUAACAAACAAUUUGCCGACAAGAGGAUUCAAAGAUUUGGUCAAUUUAACGCUUGUAAUCAAAGCACUGCUCGCAUACCCUCUUCCCUAUUACGCGGCCGCAAGUCUCAUAGAGUCGGCAUUUUUUCGCGGAAAACCAACAGAUCAACGACCAGAUGGAGAAGGCAUACAACCCUUCCCCACGUGUUGGGCCAGAGAUAACGACCUAAGAGUAUGGGCCGUCGCUCUAAGAGUAAUGCUUGUGCUCUUCACUAUGUUUAUGGCCAUCUCGAUCCCUCACUUCGCUCUGUUGAUGGGACUGAUCGGUAGUUUCACGGGAACCAUGUUGUCGUUUGUCUGGCCGUGUGUUUUCCAUAUGAAACUCAAGUGGAAUACAAUGGAAUUCAAUACAAUCACUUGGGAAGUGUUCAUCAUCUGCAUCGGUGUCUUUUGUGGUAUAAUAGGCAUAUUCACCAGCUUAUCCGCGUUAAUAGACGCCUAUCAUAUUCCGCUACCAUAUCCCGGUCCACAUCCACUUCAGGGAUAAGUCGACACGAAAUGCAAUCAAUAAUUGUGUAAUUAUUUAGCAAACUUUCACAAAUAC